AUAUCAUACAUACUGUACAUAUAUCUAACACAAAGAUCUGAUUUUCUUUUUUUGAUUUGGUAUUGAAAGUAUGUUAUUUACAAGGUGUACGCAAUAACUUCCCACGCCUAAUGUUAUUUUUUUAUCACUGCUCUAUAAAAACGUUUGACAACGUAAAUUCAUGUGCAUGAUUUGGCAUAAAAAAUAACUUACAUUUGGUCUGCAAAAUUCUCAGAUGCGAAAAUGACAUCCGUAGAUUCAGGAGUAGAAACUGGAAAUGAUUCCAAUGAUGGUGUACAACUUGAAAAUCUAUCAAAUCAAUCAUUAAUAAAUGUAUCUACAGCUGUUAUAUCAACUGAAAAGCAAAUUGCAACGACGCAAAAACAUGAACAAAAACUUAUGGAGUCUGAAUUUUUGACACCAAUAGCAAAUUCAACUGUAAAGUCAUUUAUUAUGACUGAUUAUAAUUUACCUAAGCUACAAUUUAAAUUUCCUCCGAAUUGUGAGUUCAAAUUUCUUCAAGACAAAGCAGAAAGACUAGAAUUUGAAAUUCAAGCAAUGCAGAAGAGAGUAGUUUUGAAGCAAAAUAAGAUUAGAUAUAUGAGUUCACUAAAGAAAUAUGAUAGUUAUAAUAAUUCCAUGUUGGAAAGGCGAAUGAGACGAGCAGUAACUACCAAUAAUGUUGAUUUAAUGAAAGAGGUAUUGGAAAAAGGACUUUCUCCGAACAUCAGUGAUCAUUUAAAACGAACUCCUCUUCACUUGGCAGCUUGCAGGGGUUAUACGGAUAUUGUAAAACUUCUGCUAGAUCAUGGUGCAAAUCCCAAUGAAAUUGAUUCAUUAAGCAACACUCCAUUACACUUGGCAGCAGUUACUUGUAAAUACGAUGUGAUAACAUUACUUCUGGAAGCUGGAGCUAAUGUACUUUCGUCAGAUCGUCAUGGAUAUAAUCCACUGCAGCUAGCCCAAUCCAAACUUAGAUUGUUACAAAGUUGCCGAGGAUCAGAUAUGAACGUAAUAAAGGAUGAAGUUCAUAAGAUUAUAAAUAUGCUUUUAGCUUAUUUAAAAAAACAAAAUAAUGCCAAUGAACAAAUUGAAGAGCUUAGCUCAUUUUGCUCAAGAAUUUCUUUAUCAAAUACUCAAGAUCAAGUUCAAUAUGAUUUAAAUGGUUUACUUGCCAGCAUUGAUGCACUAAGUUUGACAACUUAAAAAUUACAAAAUUAAAUAAUCAUUUGAGUUAUUAUAAAUUAUCAUUUAGAAUAUUAAAUAUCAUUGUUAAUUUGUGCCUUCUAUUA